GCGGCGGCGGCGGGCGGCGGGCGCAGCCGGGACGCGCACGACGUUGGCAGGGUGAUGCCAGCUUGAUCCAGAGCCAUGGCCAAGUACCUGAAGCACUUCACGGUGGUGGGUGAUGACCCCGUGCAAUGGAGCAACGACUAUCGGAAAUGGGAGGAGGAGGAGGAGACUGGGGAGAAGCAGCCAGAUGGAGAGAUCAAGCUGGAGCCCCCCAGGAGAAACAUCUCCUUCCAGUACAUGAUGAAAAAGGUCUUCAGCUCUCACAGGUUUCAGAUUGGGGUUGUCUGCUUGGUGAUCCUGGAUGCCUUGUUGGUUCUUGGGGAAUUGCUUAUGGAUUUGGAAAUCAUCCUUCCGGACAGAUAUAAUAUAACCCCAAAGGUUUUCCACUACCUCUCCCUGUCUAUUUUAACCAUUUUCCUGGUUGAGGUGGGGUUUAAAGUCUUUGUCUACCGCCGGGAGUUCUUCCACCACAAGUUUGAGGUGCUGGAUGGGAUCGUUGUCGUCGUGUCCUUCAUCCUGGACAUCGUCCUCAUCUUCCACGAGCACGAGUUCGAGGCCGUGGGGCUCCUGAUCCUGCUGCGCCUCUGGAGGGUGGCCCGGAUCAUCAACGGAAUCAUUUUAUCCGUGAAGACCCGCUCGGAGCAACAAGUGUCCAAGUUAAAGCAAGCAAACCUGAAACUUGCCACGAGGGUGGAACAACUGGAGCACAGCUGUUUGGAGAAGGAACAAGAAAUCGAGAGGCUGAAUAACAUAUUGAAACAGCAUGGACUCCUCAGCCAGCAAAAAUAAGAGGCCAGUUUUCCAAGGUGGGAAUUCUGCUUGAAGAUUGCAGUGUCGGAAUCUGCCAGCUUGACCUGAAAGGUUUUUCUGUCUCUUUGCUUCCUCUUAUAUUGUGUUUUCUAUAAACAUUUUCUAUUUGACCCCGCUUUGAUCAG